AUGAGUGAUUCUCUUUACAAAGUUGAUACAACUCCACGUCUUGCUCAAUGGAGAAUCGAAAACUUGGCUUCUUGCACUUAUCGCAAAUCAGAUCCUUUCAAGAUUGGAAACUGGAACUGGUAUUUGUCGGUGGAGAAACACAAGGUUGUGUUUGUUAAAUUGUUUCCUGAAAUAUCAAAUGUCACAAGAGACAAUCCUCCAAUUGCGUCUUUUAUUAUGCGUGUGGUUAGUUCUGCUUUUGGAGAUCGCAAAGCUCUCACACAUCCAGAGAUUAAGGACAAAGUGAUCAAGAGCAACGAGGAUUUUGUUUGGUCACUUGAGGUUCCACUGUCUGGAAAAUUCAUUAUUGAUGUUGAUUUCCUUGAUUUGAAGAUUGCAUCCCCAGAUGGCGGAGAGCCAUGCUCCAUAUGGGGCGGUGAAGGAUUUACACAAGAGAGAUCGAAUGCAAAAGCGCUAGGGUCGCUUGGUAAAAUGCUAAGAAAAGGAAUUCACACAGAUAUAGCCAUCAAUGCUUCUGAUGGAAGUAUAGGAGUUCAUAGAGCUGUUCUUGCUUCUCGGUCACCAGUCUUCCAAAGCAUGUUCUCGCACGAUCUUAAAGAGAAAGAGUUGUCAACCAUAAACAUCACAGACAUGUCAAUCGAAACAUCUGACAAGUACGACAUAUCUGAUUUGAGAGAGGCCAUUCAUGAAAGUCUUCUAGAAGAUAUUGAUACGAAGAAUGUACUCGAGAGGUUGCAAAACGCGUCGCUAUACCGGUUGACGAAGCUGAAAAUGAGCUGUAUUCAGUAUCUUGUUAAAUUCGGUAAAAUAUUUGAAAUUCGGGAUGAUUUCAAUACCUUUCUCCAAAGUGCAGACAGGGAUCUCAUUUCUGAAGUCUUUGCCGAAGUUCUUGGAGCCUGGAAAGGAUAUUGA